AUGGAUAAACAUAUGAACGUUCAUUUCAAAAAUCCAGCCGUGUUGUACAUAGUGUUGUUGGGGUUGCUAAUCAUCAAUUCUUCACUCUUGUCUGGAGCUGAUCCUACCGAUGGCUUCACAAAUGUGCCUUUGACGGAAGAUAAUAUCGCCAUCCAGCGGCCGUACAACGUCCCAUUGGACGAGCGUUACAGCUUCGAGGACGGGAUCCGCAAGCUUUGGGUGUAUGCCGAUGACAAAUCGCAUAGCCCUGGUAGCGGCACACAGCCGCGAACUGAAGUCCGGAUCCAUGGGCAUGACUAUACAUCUGGAGUGUGGCAAUUUGAAGGUUAUGGAUUUGUACCCAAUGGAACAACCGGAGCAACCAUAACCCAAAUACAUGGGGCUGAACACGAUUCGUCGACGAUAAUACUGAGGAUUUACGAUGGUGAUAUUAGGUACUACAGCGGCCAAGUGAUAGCGACCGGUAUGUAUGAUAGGUGGUUCCGUGUCAAUCUGAUCCAUGAUGUCGACGGAGGCACCGUGACGGUUUACAUUGACGGUGAACAGAAGUUUCAGACACAAGAUCGUGGUCGAGCUCAAUUUUACUUCAAGUGCGGAGUUUAUGCUGCAUUAAGAGACAUCAGUUAUUACAUGGAAUCACGGUGGAGGGAUAUCAAAAUCUACCGGAAGUGA